AUGUCCACGGUGCGGUCGACGGCGCUCUCGACGGCGAAGACUCUGUGGGCUAAAGCCGGACCGGUAAGCGCCUCACCCGUGGUGGCCACCCUCGACGUGGCCAUCGCCACCAAGAUGCGACCCAAGCUGCUCAAGUCGCCGGCCGCCGUGGCUCCGUACUACAAGUUUGUCCACUGCUGGACAGACACGGCUCCGCAAGCCGAUCCGGCAGAGCCUGCGGCUCAUGGCGCAGAUUGGGACGAGCUUGAUGAGGCCGCUUGCGCAGUCGCCGCUCGUGCUCUCGGCGCAGACGCUCCCUUCUCAUGGCGCGGCGAGGAGUACUUUGUCACUACUCCGCGGCUGCACGCCUUCUACGGCGUCCCGGUCUAUGCCGAGUCCUCGCGCUUCUCUGCCAUUGCUGUUGUCUUUGCUGGUGCUGCCAUCUGGAUCGCCACCUCCACUGCGCCCAUCCACUCCUUGGUCUACGCUGUCGAGUCGUGGCUCAAGUCCUCGGUCCUUCUCAUCUCCGCCUUCAUCCAUCCCUCCAUCUUUAUCUCCUCCACGGCCUACGAGCUCGCCGGCAAGUCAUCUCGCCUCAAGACCUUUGGCCCCGAGCCGGCCAUGGUCCCGCGCGAGUCCACUGUGGCGCUCCGCUCGAGCCAGGCCUCCGCCUCGGCCUCGACCUCGGCAUCGCAGCUCGCGGUCCAGGCUUCCGCGCCUCCGCCUCCGACGUCAUCGGCCGCAUCGACCGGCCCAGCCGCAUAG